UUUUGAAAUAUUUUUAGUUUAUAAAUAUUAUAGUCAAGUUCCCAGUCCAGUCCAGUCCAGUUCAGUCUCCCCCACAAUUCACCAUUGCUCACCGUCUUCAAUGAAGCUGCAAGCUUCAGAAGAACUUCCUUUCGCCAAAUCCGUGACGCAGAGAAAGGCAUCGAGUUAUAUCCUUGUAAUUUCGCUGAUUUUUGUUUUGACAGCAGUACCAGUUUACUUCUUCUCAUCUUCCCCAAUCAACGCUCCUCGCUACUUACAGCUGCUUGAUGCAAACCGCAGCGCCGGCGGAGAUAAGGCUGUUUUGGCGAACGGUUUACCAUCGAGUGACAAGAAAUGCGACUUAUUCAGCGGUGAGUGGGUGCGGAAUGAAGACUCUCCGUAUUACACAAAUGCGACUUGUGAUGCGAUUCAUGAGCAUCAGAAUUGCCUGAAAUAUGGACGGCCAGAUACGGCGUACCUGAAAUGGAGAUGGAAGCCUGACGAUUGCGAGCUCCCUAUUUUUGAUCCUCAUCGCUUUUUAGAUAUCGUGAGGGGGAAAUCCAUGGCGUUUGUUGGGGAUUCAGUGGCCAGAAAUCAUAUGCAGUCCUUAAUUUGCCUCCUGUCCAGAGUCGCUCAUCCUUCGGAUUCGACGAAUCAGACCGACGGAGACGCCGUGUACCAUUACACCGAAUACAACUUUAACGUAUCCAGCUUCUUCGCACCGUUUCUCAUCAGAUCGGAGAAAAUUGAGCGUAACAAUAUGAGGCGUCCAUUCGACCUGUUUCUCGACGAGUUCCACGAAAAUUGGACGGCCAAUAUCGAAUCGUUCGACUACAUAAUCAUCUCCGCCGGGCAGUGGUUCUUCCAUCCAUCCUAUUUCUACCUCAAUCGCACCCUAAUCGGCUGCCUCUCCUGCUCGGAGUCGAACAUCACUCACCUGACGCUACAGUUCAGCUAUCAAUGGGCGUUCAGGACAGCGCUUAAGGCAAUCAGCGACGCGAGGAAUUUCAAAGGCGUGGCGUUUCUGCGAACAUUCUCGCCGGCUCAUUUCGAAGGUGGCGAGUGGGACAACGGCGGUGAUUGCGUGCGGACGAUGCCGUACAAGCGGGAUGAGAUCGAGUUGAAGUAUUUCCCUUUGGAUAUGUACAGGAUACAGUUGGAGGAGAUGAGAAUUGCACAAAAAGCACAGAGGGGAACUGGAGGGAAACUGAGGCUUCUUGACGCCACAAAACUUCUGUUGCUGCGCCCAGAUGGACAUCCACGUAAAUAUGGCCGUUGGCCAGUGGCAAAUCAGACAUUUGGUAUCGACUGCGUUCAUUGGUGUCUGCCUGGCCCAAUUGACGCUUUGAAUGAUUUAUUGCUACAAAUGCUCGAAACAUGAACAAAAAAAAGAAAAGAAGAAGAAGAAGAAGAAAGUUAUGGUCAGUUUGUCGUGGGGUAAAUUUGAUAUUUUUUUAAAAAACAAAAUUUAAAUUUUAUUGAAAUAAUAUUUUAAUAAAAAUAAUAUAAUAUUAUUUAAA